AUCUCCUCAGUUCCAGCUUUGCGGCAUCCAUUACCCAUAUUCCAAAGGACCAUCUCCAACCCGUAGUCGAAUUAAAAAUGAUGUCUCUCAGAAGUUGUAUGCGCUUUGCACCGCGAGUUCUCAACUCAGUUUCUAAGACGGCUCGCCCUCAAGCUUCCAUCCUACGCAACUCUCCUUUCCUUCGCACAACAUGGGCGCCGACCACGCCGAAGGUGCUCUCAUCUUUCCACACAUCUGCAGCCAGACGAGAUGCUACGAGCCAAGAGCUAGAAGCAAUGCUGAGGCAAGAGGCCGAAUAUGAAGAAAAACAAGUUCAAGCUAUGGACUCCGAAAACUACUCACCGGGCAUCAAAGAGUAUCUCGAGAACAGUGCCUUCACUCUCGAAGACAUUCCUGGUAAUGACGAGGUCUCCCUCACGCGGCAAUACGAGAAUGAGAAGAUCACAGUGACCUUUUCCAUCCUCGAUCUCGUUGAAGAAGACCCGGAUUCGUACGAGCAAGACGAGAUGUACGAUGAGGAAGAUCUUGACAUGGAAGGUCAAUCUGGAGGCGCCAACACGAAAGGCUCAGCAAAUGUUGGUUCAACACAGGAUGGCAACAUCAAAGUGGCACCAGAGGACCGCGUGUCUCCUGCUGAUCGUCCCGAGCUUGAGGAGGAUGAGUUCCCCGAGCAGGCGCGCAGCUUCCCGGCUCGAAUUACGGUCAAGAUUGAGCGCCCCGGCAAGGGUGCGGUCAGCGUCGAGGCGACUCUUUCUGAUGGUGAGACCAUAAUUGACAAUAUCUACUAUUACGAGGAUGCUGCACUCGCCACGCCCAAGAGCGCCGACAAGGAAUGGGCACGGAGAGAUCUCUUCGCUGGUCCCAGAUAUUCAUCCCUUGACCCCAAUUUACAAACUUCGUUCGAGCAAUACCUCCAAGAGCGCGGCAUCAACGAGCGCAUGGCAAUUUUCAUUCCAGAUUACAUCGAUUUCAAGGAACAAAGAGAGUAUGGCAGGUGGUUGAACAACAUGCGCAACUUUUUCUCGGAAUAGAUCUGAUUCUGCGCGAGAGACUGGGUAGCACGAGCUCGUUUCUUUGUACUUUUAUUGUUCACCACUCUACUGCUGUCGUCAAGUCCGCGAUGUCAACAGCAAUGUCUCCAUAGCGUUGAUAUGUAAUAAACACCUGGAAACCACGCACUCCAGAUGACAUUGUAUGUGAUAACAACGACUUAUUGGCUAGAAUCAUUCUCGUGACAUCCUCUGGC